AUGGACCUCUCCACCCCAGACAACGGCGACACGAUCUGGGAAAGCAGCAGCAGCAGCAGCAGCAGCAGCCUCGCAGAAGACGACCCAACAACGUCCUCUGACUCCGACGACAACGACAACGACAUACCCACAGACCUCUACAACCGCAAACACGUCGACACGUCCGAGGACCGCGACGAGCCAUACCAGCUCUCCGGCACUCUCCUCGCCAUGCAAAUAGGCCCCACCAACGACCUCGUCAACCGCACCGCCGAAGCCAGCAUCAGCAGCAUGCGGAACCACAUCAGCACGACGAUCCCGAAUUCCCUAAUCCACGACGAAUUCGGAAACACGACUCCAAUUGCGUCCGUCUUCUCGCAGCAGCUGCCGCGCCUGCAAGCGAAGCUAUGGCGCGAGUGGCCGCAGACAGCUGCGCAGCUGUCCUCGCAUGUUGAACACGAGAUUUCGCAGAGCGAUGUCGUGGUCGCGAGGGCGGUCGUGGAUAUCGCUGAUGUGCUUGAGGAUGGGUUCGUGUUUGUUCGGAGGGACUGCUGUGGUAAGAUUGCGGGUGGUGGUGGGCCUGGACGACGACGACGACGACGAGGGGCGUGUGGGUGCGCGUGCGGGUUUGCGCUUUGCGGGAUGGUGGGUUUGGGGCGUGAGGGCUGGGUUGAGGAUGAGUGUUUGGUUUCGCUUGAGCCGUUGGUCGAUUGGAUGACGCUGGAUACGGUUGACGACGAUGAUGAUGCUCUGAGGGAGUUGUUCAGGCGGGCUUCUGUUCUCGUGUAUCGACGGAAUUCCUGCGUUUAUCAUGAUUUUGGGGUCGACUUUCGGCGGUUGAUACUGGAUUACAAGGCCAGGAUCACGCUUUGUGUGCGAUGCUUGGGGUUUUUGUGGGAUCGGCGUGUGGCGUCGUGGUGUGUGAUGGAGAAGUUCAAGGAGUUGUUUAGUGGCAUCGCCGACGAAGACACUGCGUCUCCCUGGCACUUCAACGAUGGAGAUGAGCCUGAACAGAAGGAAUACGAUUCUUGGAGCUCGAGCAGCUCGAGUCAAUCUUCCUCGUCGCAUUCUUCUGGGUAUGCUAUCGGUGGUUCUUCGCCGUUGGCGCAGGACGAGGAAACUUCUCAAGAAGGGGGAUGUCGAAUCCAUCAGGUCUCCGGAAACAAUGAGCAGAUGCCUCAGCUUGAUGGUCCCAAAGAUCGUAAGAAACGUGAUCGUGCGUCGUCUAUCACCAUCUGGGACGAUUCCAACCCCAGCCCACGCAGAUCUCCCCGUAUAUCCCAGUCUAAGGCUGCGAAGAUUUCUGAUUCACAGAAUUUGCAAACAGAUACUCAGCCUGCGGUUUUGUCGACUUCGAGUAACCUCGCUUUUGAGCAGUCUUCACCACACCCCGACCGGGCUGUCCAAAUACCGCCCUCGACCCCGAAUAGUAGGCCUACGAAGAAACGCUUUUUCGGUCGAGUCCUUCACGAUUUAGCUUCUUCAAAGACCGCAGGUGGGGAGAAGCCGACUGAGGUUGCAAACCAAACAUACCAAGAACCCGGACAACCAUUCACACCAAAUCUCAACCAACGACAGUUGGCCGUAUUCACAACUUCGAACCCCCCUAAAAUCCGCUCACAACCCCGUUCACACUCUACCACCCGAAAUCCAUCUUCUUCGGCACGUAAAAUUAAGCUGCCAAUUCGAUCCGGUCCAAAAAGCAAAAUGGCGACAGAACCUCACACUCUCCCAUCAUCACAAAAAGCCAAGCACACGCAGCUCCCAGAACCACAGCAGCCAAUCCCUCAAUUCAUAUACCACACCAAACAAUACCCCCUCCCCCUCAUAAACCCAAACGACCUAUCCCCAAUCCCCGAUCUAAACCCCUCCACAACCUCCUUCCUCCCGGACGCCGCACCACCCUCAGACCCAUCCACCAUCCCCCUAACCCAACAACACCCACCACCCCCCUCCCCAACCCAACUAAUCUGCCUCUGCCGCCACGCCGCGUCCACCCUCCCAAUCUUCAAAUCCCUCCACCCUCCUUACCCGCACUCUCCCCAAGUCAACGCCCCCCCUCCACCCAUGCUCGCGCAGUGCCACAACCCGCUCUGCAGCAUCUCCUGGUUCCACUACAACUGCCUCACCCGCAGCGCAAAGAUGUCCAGCCAAUACGGCCGCUGGCUCUGCGACACGUGUCGCGCGUCCCGCGCAUUCAUGGGAUAUACGCGCGAGGUGCCAAAGGGCACGAUGCGAGUCCUUGAUUUCGAAGACGUGGUGCGCGUUGCUACUCGGCUUGAGCGCGGACGCAGCAGUCUUUUGAACUGGGAAGCGGCGUGGACGAAGGAGGAGAUUCUUGCUGGGGUGGAGGGGCUGAAAGAAGGUAGUGGUGGCGAUGUGUAUGGGCUCGGUGGUAUGGCUAGCGCGGCGGCUGCUACGGUGGUGAAGGAGAAAGGUGGUGAGAUGCAGGUAGGUGCGCUUGCGUCGUUUGAGCUCGCGGUCUCGGAGCCGUAUUGGGUUUCUCGUGCGUAUGGGGCGGAGAGGGAUAAGUAUGCUGCCGAGUUUAUUGAGAGGGAUUGUGAGGAGCGGGAGGAAUAUGGUAGGUCUGAUCGCUGGGUGGUGAAUGAACGGAACGAUGAGGGUUACGUAGAGGAUAGAGGGUAUCUGGAGGAGUAUGAGGGAGAUGAGGAGGGAUAUGGUGGGGACUGGGAUGGUAUUGUUGGCGAUGAUGAUGGUGACGACGAGGAAUCCGUUGAAGAUGGAGUGGAGCACGCAGACGAAGCUUCUGCGCUGCCGCUGGAGGAGAUCGAGGAUGGAGAUGAGGAGAUUUCUCUUCAUAGUGAAGACGACUCGGAGUCGGAAUCGGAGUGAGGCGUUGAUCUUCAUCCUUCAAUGACAUGGUGUCAUGUUGAAUACGCACUUGUGGACAAUUAAAAUGCGGGAUCAGCAAGGGUGCUUGACAAUGUCUUGGGUGGAAAAUGAAUCACUGCCUCCAAUGGAACAACGAUAGCUACACCUUGAUCGUCGUCCAUACGGGAAACGAUUCGUACAAAGAACUCCCGAACAGAAAUGAAAAUGUACAUGUAAACUGCACCAGACCCUCAAAUAUACAGCGUUUGAUUGUACAGCCAGACAGCAACCCAGCCAGCCAGCUGACCCUUUCCUUCUCAAACAUUGACCUGACAGAAGAAAGAAAACACAUUACCGCCGCAGAUAGAUCCCACAAUCCCAGCCAUCUCCACAAAUCCUUCACACAGCUAACAUACUCAAACAAAACCAUCUACUCUCACCA